GGGGGGGGCUAUCAAGACCAAGCCACCUAUUGGGGGCUGGAUUCAGCUGCCCAGAAUGGCCCGCAUUUUAAAAAGCUAUCUAAGUGAGUGGAGGAGAGGGGACAUCUUCAUAUCCUCAAGCAAUGGAAAGAGUUUGGUCAGGGAAGGAUCUUCCCCAAGUCUCUAGUCCCCCUACCCUUUGCAGCGCCAUGUCGUGCGGUACUAUUGGCCAACAUGUCAAGCGAGAAGAGUGUUUCUGGCCCCCCUUGGAGCUUCCCUUGGCACAUAGAUCAGUGCUGACAAACCCAAACCCAGGUAGCUGUGCAGGAGAAGAAGGUCCUGCUGCCACGGAGACCAGGAGCAGAGGCGGCUUCCGGGGAAGGAUGGAGCAGAAGGUCUUCCGUGAAGAUGUGGCGAGCUCAGACAUACCACAACAGUGUUUCAGGCGGCUCUGCUACCAGGCUGCUGAGGGGCCCCGAGAGGCUUGCAGCCAACCCCACCAACUUUCCCGGGAGUGGCUGAGGCCAGAGCAACGCACCAAAACCCAAAUCCUGGACCUGGUGGUCCUGGAGCAGUUCCUGGCCAUCCUGCCAGCGGAGAUGGCGAACUGGGUGAGGGAGUGUGGAGCAGAGAGCAGUUCCCAGGCGGUGGCCCUGGCGGAGGGCUUCUUCCUGAGCCAGGCUGAGGACGAGAAUACCGAGCUGCAUUUCAGCGGGCCUCCUUUGGAGGUAUUGAGGAUGGCCGCCUCGGUGUUGGUGGCAAGCGUGUCUGCUGUCUCCGCAUCACCUCUGUGUCUUGCAGGAGCUGGAAUGUUAGCAGCUGUGAGUCCUCAGCCAACUCUUCCCCUUCGUGGUGGAGUGGAACUGAAUCAGAAGGAAACCUUUUCUUUCCCCAUCCAAGGUCAGGUGACUUUUGAGGAGGUCACCGUGUCCUUCACGGAGGAGGAGCGGGCCCUGCUUGAUCCUGGUCAGAGAGCUCUGCACAGCUACAUCGUGGCAAAGAACUAUGAGAUGGUGGCCUCUCUUGAAGGUGACAGGUGGAAAUUGGAGGAGGAGAGAGGACCGGGUGGGGUGCCACCAAAAAGCAGCAGGUAUGGAAAUAGCAAGCAGUGGAGAAGGAGGAUGGAAGUCAAGGGGGACAGGAGGAACAACUCCGUUCCUUCUAUGGAUAUCAUGAUAUCAGCAGAAAGGAAUGAGAGAGAAGAAAUGAAGUGGAGCUGCACGCAUAUGGAGAAUUUGGAAUCGAACAACAAAAUGCAUUGCAAAAUCGGCACGCUGAAGAAGCCACAUAUGUGGCUGGAAUGUGGAAAAAGCUUUUGUACAGCAAUGCAUUGUGCUUCUCUUCAAAGAACUCUGCCAGUGGAGAAACCAUAUCAGUGCUUGAUAUAUAAGAAGAGCUUCAGUGAAAGGGGAGCUCUCAAUCGACAUCAAAAAAUUCACACAGGAGAAAAAAUAUCAGUGCUUGGCGUGUGCAAAGUGGUUCAGUUAGAGGAGUUCUCUCAGCCGACAUAAAAGCAUUCACACAGGGGAGAGACCUUAUCAGUGUUUAGAGUGUGGAAAGAGCUUCAGUCUGAGGCACAUUCUCCGAAAACAUCAGAAGACUCACGGAAGAGAAAAACCAUAUCAUUGUUUAGACUGUGGAAAGAGCUUCUCUCGGAAGACAAACCUUCCUUCUCAUCAAAGAAUUCACACAAAGGAGAAGGCAUAUAAGUGCUUGGAGUGUGGAAAGAGCUUCAGUGAGAAGAAAAACUUCACUCAACAUCAAAGGAUUCACACGGGGGAGAAAUCGUAUCAGUGUUUUGAGUGUGCAAAGCAGUUCAGUCGAAGGGGAUGUCUAAGGCGACAUCAGAGGAUGCACACAGGGGAAAAACCCUAUCAGUGUUUGGACUGUGGAAAGAGUUUCUGUCAAAAGAUAAGUCUCACUUCUCAUCAAAGAACUCACACAGGGGAGAAACCGUAUCAGUGCUGGGAGUGUGGGAAGAGCUUCAGUGAGAACAAAAAGCUCACUCAACAUCAAAGGAUUCACACAGCAGGGAAGCCCUAUCCUUGUUUGGACUGUGGAAAGGGCUUCCGGCAGCAGAGGCACCUUAUUUCUCAUCAGAGAACCCACACAGGGGAGAAACCGUAUCAGUGCCUGGUGUGUGAGAAGAGUUUCAGUGCAAAAGCAACACUCAAUCAACACCAAAAGACUCACACAGGGGAGAAACCAUAUGAGUGUUUGGAAUGUGAAAAGAGCUUCAGUCAGAGGGGAUCUCUCAUAUAUCCUCAAAGGAGUCACACAGGAGAGAAACCCUAUCAUCGUUUGCACUGUGGAAAGAGCUUCUCUCAGAAAAUAUCUCUCACUGAUCAUCAAAGAGCUCAAACAGGGGAGAAUCCACAUCAUGACUCAGAGUAUUGAAAUAGCUUCAGAAAUAAGACAAAUCUCACUUCCCAAAAAUUCCCGCAGUGUGGAAACUGCAGAAAUGAUGCAGGGAUGGAAGUGGAAAGAUCUUCAAGAGAAACAAGUAACUUGUUCCUCAUUGAGGAAAGCACCCAGUGCAGAAUCUAUACAAAUGUUUGGACUGUGAUACAUAUCACAUCUGAACUUACUGCUCAUUAAAACAAUCAGGGAGAGAAAAUUGGAAUAUUGAAUGAGAUUAAUUUACUAUCAUCCCAUAUUUCAGAUUAGAGUGCCUGCUUGAAGGGACCCUGUCUCGAAGGUGCCCUGUAUAAAGACAUGCCAGUCUAGGAGGGUAUUGAUGGAUGGUCUAUAAAAACAAUAAAUAGGGAAAUAUAAUAACAUGCAUACCACAAAUAUUCCCAGGAUACAGGUUGAGAAAGGUUCACUUAAGUUCAUUUCAGAUUUCUCGAAGCAUUUAAUUUGUUGGAAUUACCACUGGCCUCUUGGUUGCUCUUCUGACUAAUGCCCUCCUUAUCCAGUCACUGAGUUUUUGUAGAUGACCUUCUUUAAGGCAAAGUUGUGGUUGAGCCACAUUCUUUUAAUUUUGUAAUGAGAUUUCAUGGGCACCUAGGAGAUGUUUAUAGUUCAGAAUAUUUUUAUAACGCAAUCCUGAUCGGUUCUUUAUUUAUUUUACCCUAGAGUUGUUUUCAUAGCUCCUUGACUUUCGUGAUGCUAUUUGUCUAAAUAUGUGCUCCAGAAAACUAGAGCCUGCCAGAAACAAGUGUCCUUAAUCUGAGAUCCUGGGGCACUGGAAUGGCUGCCCAGCCGAGCUUCCUUCAGCCACUUGCCUGAUGUACCAGGGCUUAUUCAGGCAUGUCACAGCAGAGCGGGUGAGUUCCUAUGCAACCCACAAGUGCCAGUUUGUUAACUUUUGUGCCAUAAUAAAUGUCUUUUGCACCCUCAAA